UAUUCCAGCUGCAUCCAGGGUCCAGCAGGCACCCAGGGGAGGGAUGGAAAUCCAGGAGUGAACGGAAUUCCAGGUACUCCCGGAGUACCGGGCCGGGAUGGUGCAAAAGGGGAGAAGGGUGAAUGUGUGACCGAGAGGUUUGAAGAGCCGUGGAAACCCUACUACAAGCAAUGUGCCUGGAACUCUCUCAACUACGGCAUUGACCUGGGCAAAAUUACAGAGUGUACGUUCACUAAGCAGCGUGCAGACAGUGCUCUCCGUGUGCUGUUCAGCGGCUCACUCAGGCUGAAGUGUAAGACAGCUUGUUGCCAGCGCUGGUACUUCACUUUUAAUGGAGCAGAAUGCGCCGCUCCGCUGCCUAUAGAGUCCAUCAUUUACCUGGACCAG